AUGGCAGCCUGCGCGUCGUCCCUCGCGUCCUCCACCGCAUUUCAAGGCGUCUCCGUGCCGCGAGCCGUUCCUCUCGCCGGAGAAGGCGGCUUCCCCCACUCCGUCCUUCGACGCGCAGAGUCUCUCCCCGCACGGGGGUACCGAGCGGUGAGCGUCCGCGCGGCGUCGCGCGCGGAAGGAAGCGAGGGCAGCGCGGCGCAAAAUGGCGCGCGCGGGGCGGCGGAACAUCCUCUCCACGCGAAGCUCCUCUCCCGCCGCAGGCUCUUCGCCCUCGCGGGGCCUUUCGCGCUCGCGCUCGCCGGUUUUCCGCGGAUCGCCCGCGCGGAGGGAGAAGGUGCUGACGUGGCAGUGCUGGAAGCUCCUGCUGAUGUGGCUGUGCUGGAUGCGCCUGCUGACGUCAUUGCGGAAGCUGCGCCGGCUGCUGAGCCCGCCAUUGUGGAGCCAACGCUGACGUCAGACGUAGCUGUCGCGGCAGAAGCGACAAACGCGAAUGCUGCGAUUGAACCGUCUCAGCCUCAACCUGAGCCUCAGCAGCGGGAGGAGAAGGAGCAGGAGGGGCAGCAGCAGGAGCAGGCGGAGGCGCAGCAGCAGCAGGCGUUAGGUGGCGCGUGGCUGGGCGCGGCGCUGCUGGGCGCGGCGCCAGCUGGCGCGCUGGGAUUCGUGCUGCGAGGGGAGCGGGCGCAGCGGGAGGUGGUGGAGGGUGACCUGGCGAAGCUGUCCACGCAGCUCUCUCAGCGGCAGCAGCAGCUGGCAGCAGCACAGGCCGAGGCAGAGGCAGCAGCAGGAGCCGCCUCCGCAGCCAAGAAGGUCGCUGCCGACCUUGCUGCCGACCUGGAAGCUUCCAUGAAGGAGCGGGAGGCGCAGCAGCAAGAGCUGGUGAGUGGGCGGGUGAAGCUGCAGCAGAAGAUUGGAGAGGCGGUUACCGCAAAGGGUGAGGUGGCAAGGUUACAAGGAAGGGUGAGGGAGCUGGAGCAGCGUGGGAAGGAUGCGGCUGCUGAGCUGGAUGCCAAGUCAGCGCAGCUGAAGGAGAGUGCUGACAUGGAGGCCCGGCUGCGUGCUGAGCUGGCAGAUGCUCAAAGUGCACUGGCGAAGGUUGAGAGUGACGUGGCAGCCCUGCAGUCUGAGCUGGCAGGAGAGAAGAGCACGGUGCAGAAAAAAGAGGAGGAAAUUCAAUCUCUGCAUGCUGACGUGGAAUCUACCAAUGCCAGCCUGGCAGCCGCCCACGAGUCCCUCGAGUCGCUCCGAAACGAUCUGGCCUCUGCUAGGGAGGAAGUUUCCCAGAAGCAGCAGGCUGUAACCCAGCUGGAGCUCGACGCUGAGACCCUCAAAGGCGCCGUUCGGGCAGCUGAACGGGCAGCCGAAGAAGCCCGCAGCCAGCUUGCCGCCGCCCAGAAAUCCCUCGCGGAUGUCCAGCAGCUAGCGGACGAGGCGGAGGCCGGAAAGCGGGCGGCGGAAGACGCACUGGAGCGGGAGCAGCGGGCAGCAAGCGCCGCCGUCCAGGAGCUGCAGAUGCAUUUGGCAGCAUUAGGGCGGGAGAGGGAGGUGGUUGGGCGGCUGAAGAAGGGCGUAGAGGAGGCGGGCAGGGUGGUGGACGCGCUUCAGGGGGAGACUGACGCGCUCAGGGCGGAGCUGGGGGAGGUGCAGAGGCGGGAGAGGGAGGGGGAGGAGGCUCGGCAGGGACUGGAGUCCCAGCUCUCAUCGCUCUCCGCUGAGCUGGCGGCCGCACGGGACGAGGCUGCCAGGCUGGCGGCGGAGAAGGAGGCUGCUGACGUCAGCCGGGCGUCAGCGGAGCAGAAGGCGCAGGAGGUGCAGCAGCAGCUGGACAGCACGUUUGAUGAGGUUUCACGGCUCAAGGGGCAGGUGACUCAGAUGACUCGCGAGUUGGAAGCCGGUGAGAAGAAGUUUGAGGCGAUGCUGGAGGUGAGGGCAGAGGCAGCCAUGCUGGUGGAGGCCUUGGAGGACCAGGCUUAUGCCGAGGCCAAGGAGAACAAGAAGCUCAAGAAGAGAAAUGCUGAGCUGGAGGAGUCGAGCAAGGCGGCAGCAGCGGUGGCGGAGGAGCUGGAGACGGUGCGGGCUCAGCUGAACGCGCAAUUUGUUGAGAGAGUUAGCGACAGAAUGGCUUUGACUGGAAUCAAGGCUGUGAAGAAUCCUGUCCGUGUUGUUCUGCAACGGAUUGCACAAUUGAUGUUCGUCGUGAUUGGAAUUUCAGGAAUUCUUAUGAUCGCAAUGAUCCUCGCUUUCCAACAAAAGCCGAAUUUCGCUCCUGGAUGGUGUAUUAUCAUCCUCGGUGUCUUGACUGUUGGAGCUUCUGUUUUGGGAUUCGCGGGCUUCCUUAACUCUGGUUGCUUCAUCUGUCACUCAGCGAUUCUAUCUUUGGCAGCAGUCGGCUGUGGUGCAUUCACCUUGGCAUUGUUUGUUUCUAAGCCGGCCAUUGCAAGGACCAUCAACUCACGUCAGUGGAACGACGACAAGGUUUGGGAUUUCUUAACCAAGAUCCAGUGGGUCUUCUUAUCGGUCUUUAUUUUGGAGGUGUUGGCCCUCGUAGUCUCAGCAGUUACACACGCAUGCAUUCCCGUGGAAAUCUAUGAGAGCCUUGAGGAGCAACAGCGACAACGGGACGCAGAAAUGCAUAAGCUGAAGAAGACAGUGGAGCAGCAGAAAACGAGAACGGAGAACACGACGGCGGCAUCGCUUGCAAACAAGAUGCGGUCAAAAUAUGGAAAGUGGACAGAUGAAGACUUUGGUGAAGGCAGAUCUAUCUGGUAG